AUGGCCAGAAAGUAUAUGCUCAGAAAUCAACUCCAUAAUGUAAAGAAAGGAAAUUUGACUAUCUUGGUUUUCUUACAUAAUGUCAAAACUAUAGCUGACUCACUAGAAGCAAUUGGAGAAAAAGUUAGUGAUUCAGAUUUGGUUAUCUAUGUACUAAAUGGGUUAGACAGAGAGUUUGAUACUUAUAUUGUAGUUGCACAAAAUAAAGAAACUUCUUUUACUUUUGCUGAGAUUAAACCAAGGCUGUUAAAUCAUAAGCAAUGGCUCAUUGAGCAACAACAUGAUUCCAGUAUUACUUAUGAUGCACAACAUCCCACUGCUUUUUAUGAUAGAAAUGGACCCAGUUAUAGUUUUAAUGGUAAUGGCAGAGGUAAACCAAGACAUAAUGGAAAUAAUGAGAGUUUUAAACCUUCUGGUUCAAGAAAUAAUGGGAAUGGUCCAUAUCAAGGCAGUACUUCAUAUCAAGGAAAUGGUUCAUACUCUUCAUAUCAUGGAAAUGGUUCAUAUCAAGGUAGUAAUUUGGACAGAUUAAUGGAUUUUACUACUUUGAAUGAAGAUACUACUUAUUCUGAUCCUUUUACUUCAACUGCUUCACAUUGGAUUUCUAAUUCUAGUGCCACUGCUCACAUGACUGAAGAUAAGCAUUUGUUACAAAAUACUUUUAAUUAUAAAGGAAAGGAUCAAGUACAAGUUGGUAAUGAUGAACUGCUUAAAGGACCAUUUCAGGUUUUGUUAAAAUCCAGUGGUAUAAAUGUAAUAAUUUCCUGUCCUAAGACCCCAGAACAGAAUGGCCUUGCUGAAAGGAAGCAUAGGCACAUUACUGAAAUGGAAAAUACUCUUCUGUUCAAUUCCUCUUGUCCAAAAGAAUUUUGGUAUGAUGCAUUUUUAACUGCAACUUAUUUUAUAAAUUGA